UGAGAGAUGGACCGUUCGUUGCGUUCGUUUGUCGUAGCGCUCGUCGCGAUCGCGUUCACGACCACGCGUGCCUAUAUUCCCUCCCACGACAAUAUACUCAGAAUACAAUUGUGGGAUGCUGAGGGCCUGAGUAGAGACCCUAUAACCACCCAACCUCCGUCUACUACCACUCAAACCCCAAACCAUAAACUGAAAGUCAGUUUGGAUUCGCUGAACAACGCGAUGUUGGAGGAAGAGUAUGGAAGCGGUUUCGGGAGGUUCAUUAGACACAAAGUGAGACAUAAGAGGAGAAGACCCCGGGAGAGUGGUACUGAUCUUCCGUGGAGGUUCCACUCGGGUAGUGGAUUGGUGAAUGUGCAGAUAUAUAAUGACGAUGUGCCGUGGGAUGAAAUCGAGGGGGCUGGACACGGCGUGAAUGUCAGUGUAGUGAGUGAGAGUGCGUAUCCCGUUGUGGAGGAGGUACGGGACGUAAGCCCGCCGAUGAACCUGCAGCAACUCGAGGACGAGGAAGAAGAGGCAAAGCUUCCCGUAGUGCCCAAAUGCUGCGCAAGCGGCCAGAACAUCAGUUCAAUAUUACAGUCAGAUGGCACUCUGAAGUCGGUGUGUUCAAGGACCACGUUGACCUUCCAGCCUCUAUUCUAUAAAUCCAACGAAUCCUUCAUGUGGAGUUUCGAUACGAAUGUAUACGAGACAAUCGUCGGCAAUCCCUGCACCUACGACAGAUAUAGAUUGGAACCAGAUAAGUUAAGCGUAGACGAGUUUUACCUAUUAGUAAAUGGUUCACUCUUCGUUCCGUAUGGCAGUCCAGUACUGCUUGGGAACAGAGAGUUUUGUAUGGAGACAUUUUGGAAUGAAUCUAAUCCGGCCGGGGUUACAUUACCAUUAGUUUGUUUUACAACUGCUGCUGCAGAAUCCAGCGGUAAUACCACGCUGAUCGUUUAUGCUAUAGGACUACUGACAUCGGUGCCGUUCUUAUUAGCUACAGCAUUUUUUUUUACAUACAUUGCCAAACUAAGAGACACUCACGGGAAAGCAUUGGCGUGUCAUACGGUCUGUUUGGCGGUCGCUUUUCUAUGUCUGGCUACGACACAAUUGGCUGGUCAUGCGUUCCCUGUCACAAUUUGUACUAUUAUGGCCUACAUGAUCCAGUUCUCGUUCAUCUCAUGUUUUUUUUGGUUGAAUGUCAUGUGUUUUGACACUUAUUUAAAUGUUAGACGGUUUAUUGUAAGUACAACAGUGUCAAGACGAAGUAUGAGGAGACGGUUUGCGUAUUAUUGUGUAUACGCAAUGGUACUGCCCAUUAUCUUACUUAUAGUAACUAUAACAAUGGACUUAUCACCAGCUGUUCCUAGCACGUACCUCAAGCCUGAUUUUGGAGUCAAAGGCUGUUGGUUCAAAACGGAUCAAGCUGCUUUACCAUAUUUUUACGGACCGGUAUCGAUCAUACUACUCAGUAAUAUGAUUAUAUUCUUCAUCACGUCACGUCAAUUUGUUGUUAACUAUGAUAAAUUAAAAGAGACACAUUUACCAUUAGACAGUACAUAUACGGAAAAUAGUGCGUCAGAUGAGUUUGUACAUACGAGUGGUGUUAUGAGCCAGUCGUUUCCACGUCCGCAGCCGAUAUCACCACAAGAAGAUUAUUAUAAUCAAUUCCAGAAUAAUCGUGAGAUCUUGAGGAAAUAUAAGACAAUAUUUCGUAAAUGCUGCUUAUUGUCAUUCAUAAUGGGUCUGUCGUGGGCCCUCGAAGUGAUAUCAUGGGCAGUUGGUGCCGGCUCCUCUGCGGUCUCGGUGUGGUCAUUGUUCGACCUCAUCAACGCUCUGCAAGGACUGGUCAUCUUUGGCAUUUUCGUAUUACGGGAACCUGUCCGUUCUAUAGUUUGGGAAUCUAAACUCUUCAAAUCGUGUAGAAGGAAAAACCACGGCUCGCAAGAUUUCGCAGGGAAUGAGAGGAAAAGCAUCAUUGGGCCUAGAAAAGGGGACCAUGUGUAGUGUGUGGUAAAGUACAAUUUUGAUAAAUCGUAAAAUUCAAGUGAAGGCAGAGACUGAUUAUAGUAACAGUAUUAUACGUUUGACGUUGGACAUGAGUGGUAUGAUGUCAAAUGUUGUCUGUGAGGACAUUUAUUAUUUUAUAGCAAACAGAAAAGUAUUCGUAUAUAUACAGAAAAGCAAACAUUAUUGGAAAAUUUUAUUUUAGGAAAUCGAGAUAAAUAUUAAAGAUAGUUUUUUCAAUAACAGUAAUAUACCACGGUAGGAAAGUAAACACUUAUUUUUAGUUAUAUCAGUGCGACUUAAAUGGAAUCUCUAUUUUUAUUUUUCCAUAAAAUAGGAGACAUUUUCUUAGGUAACCGGUUGAUCAUAAUUGUAUUACAGAUAGAUAAACAUUUUUUUAGAUAAUGAGUAUUUGAUUGAUCUGUGUAACAACUAAACCAAUACCUACAAGCAUAGAUAAAAGAAUAAUAAAUUAUUUAUGCCGUUAAGGUGAGUUUUGUUAAUAUUUUCAGAUCCUAGAUUUUGAUAUUGGAUAUUGCUCAUAUACUAAUUAUUUGUAAUAGGAAAUGUAGCGAGAAAACAAAAAUAGGUAUGUUAUUUGUGGUUCUUUAUAAAUUAAUAGUCUGUUUUUAAUUAGAAACCUAUAAAAUAGGUUCGUUACACGUCUCAUUAUUUUUAUCUAAUCAAAAUUUUUAGAAAUUAUACUUAAUAAAUAACUACUGCAUUCUAUUUAACGACUUAUUUAAUAUCAAACCACUCAUUAGUCAACAUCGUUAAUAAAACGAUUUGAAGAAGAUAACAUUAACAACUUCUUUCAUAGUUUUAUUCCUGUGAUAGCGCCUUAAAAUGUUUGAAAUAUUAUUAGUUGUUUUCCUAACUUUAUUUGACUUAUGUUAUUUAUUUAUUGUCUAGAUAUAAGGUUAAUAUUAUUUUGUUUUUAUAAUUGUAUUGUUUUGAAGUUACUUUUUAUUUGUCAUACUAUAGAUGGUACAACAUUUGCACUAGAGUUGGUAUAGAAAAUGCGAGUAUUUGAUAUGUAAAAGUGAUCUAGAAUACUGCAUUUAUUGGAAUUAAAAAUUCUUCUAUAAAAAAAUAGUGUAUAAUAAGAUAAUGUUUUAGUUAUAUUUACUUCUUUUAAAUUUAUUUUAUAUGAACAAUUGAGCCGUGUAAGGCAACUCUAGUUUGAAUGUCACAUCGUCUAAAGGCUUGUUACAGCUAUGGUUGUUAAUAGUAAAUAUAAGAAAAUAACAUAUUUUUGUAAUUUAGAUAAAAUACGCAUGACCAAGAGGUUAGAGAUAAAAUUAAGAUAGUAGUAGACAGAAUACUGUACACAAUUUCAGAAUGUUAGACCAACACAUGCAUACGUGGACUUAAAUCAUGGCUAUAAUAAAAAAUGAGAACAGAGUCACGUAUAUAAUGUCCUACUGAAUAAUUAAAUAUACUUUGUAGUUUCUUCUAACUUUGUGUUCAACUU